AGACAUUGUAUGAUAAAAUUAAAAGUGAUAGUUUUACUAAUAUUAGAGAAAAAGAUACAUUUGUUACAGAAUAUAUGGGAAAAUUUUUUAUCACAUUUAAUUCAAUGUAUAAACAAUACAAAGAUAGUUUAUAUACAAGAUAUUUGGAUAAUUUAAAUAAUUAUAUCAAAAGAACUUAUAGUUUAAAUCAUAAUGAGUUAUUAAAGUUUUUAGCUGAUGAUAUUAGAAGUAUUAUAUUAUUAACUAAAAAUAUUCCUCGAGAUCAGACUAAUAAUAAUAUUCAUUUGAAUAUUAUAGAAGAGAGAUGA